UAGCCGGAGUCCACUGGGAAGGCUGCUCUGACAAAGACUCUGUCCCUAGGUUGUGGAGUGUUUUUUAGAACUCACAGAAAGCCUCAGUAAAUCCGGACUCCUGUGCCAACUGAUGUUGUGCUGCUGAGCUCUUAACGUGAAGCAGCAGUAGCGACCCUGGCAAGCCAGGGCUGACGUGUGUGGGAAGAGUGGGAGUGACCCUGGCUGGGAGCGGGGGAGGCCUGGAUAUUGUUUCUCCGUCUCUGUGUCCUGCCACUCUCGGCCCUGGGCUCAGAGCUCUCAAGCACCCACGAUGGCCUUCCCAGCCAGAGUGCACCCCUGCGUCAUCCCUGAGAAUGAAGAGCUCCCCGGAACUGUCCUUAACAGUGUCCACGAGGCUAAUGGGAAUGAAGACGAGAGGGCUGUGUCCAAACUGCAGCGCAGGCACAGUGACAUAAAAGUCUACAAGGAGUUUUGUGACUUUUACGCGAAAUUCAACAUGGCCAAUGCCCUGGCUAGCGCCACUUGUGAGCGCUGCAAAGGAGGCUUUGCACCUGCUGAGAAGAUCGUGAACAGUAAUGGAGAGCUGUACCAUGAGCAAUGUUUCGUGUGCGCUCAGUGCUUCCAGCAGUUCCCAGAGGGACUUUUCUAUGAGUUUGAAGGAAGAAAAUACUGUGAACAUGAUUUUCAGAUGCUCUUUGCUCCUUGCUGUCACCAGUGUGGUGAAUUCAUCAUUGGCCGAGUUAUCAAAGCCAUGAAUAACAGUUGGCAUCCUGAGUGCUUCCGCUGUGACCUCUGCCAGGAAGUUCUGGCUGAUAUUGGGUUUGUCAAGAAUGCUGGGAGACACCUGUGUCGCCCUUGUCAUAAUCGUGAGAAAGCCAGAGGCCUGGGGAAGUACAUCUGCCAGAAAUGCCACGCCAUCAUCGAUGAGCAACCUCUGAUCUUCAAGAACGACCCUUACCACCCAGACCACUUCAACUGUGCCAACUGCGGGAAGGAGCUGACAGCUGAUGCCCGGGAGCUGAAAGGGGAGCUGUACUGCUUGCCGUGCCAUGAUAAAAUGGGAGUCCCCAUCUGUGGCGCUUGCCGACGGCCCAUAGAGGGGCGUGUGGUAAAUGCCAUGGGCAAACAGUGGCAUGUGGAGCAUUUUGUUUGCGCCAAGUGUGAAAAACCAUUUCUUGGACAUCGCCAUUAUGAGAGGAAGGGCCUCGCAUAUUGUGAAACCCACUAUAAUCAGCUAUUUGGUGAUGUUUGUUUCCACUGCAACCGUGUUAUAGAAGGUGAUGUGGUCUCUGCUCUUAAUAAGGCCUGGUGCGUGAACUGCUUUGCCUGUUCUACCUGCAACACUAAGUUAACACUCAAGAAUAAAUUUGUGGAGUUUGACAUGAAGCCAGUCUGUAAGAAGUGCUAUGAGAAAUUUCCAUUGGAGCUGAAGAAAAGACUUAAGAAACUAGCUGAGACCUUAGGAAGGAAAUAACUUCCUUUAUAUUUUUUCUCUUCUAUACAAAAAUAAGAGUUUGAUUUGAUCCACCCUUAUUUAUAAAAGCUUUAUCUCAAAGCAGUUGAGAGCAAAGAGGACCUAGAUGCCUACAUGAAUGGUUUUCUUCAUCUCCUUUUUCUCAUUUAAAAAAAAGAUUGUAUAAUCAUAUUUAAAAUACAGAUGAAAUCAAGAUUUGCCUUUAUUAAUUAACCCUUAUCAAAUUUGUUGACAUAUAGACUAUAUAGCAAAAAAAUACAUGGUCAAAUGUUAAUCUUAAGGCCCCAAAAAUUAAAUAUAACUUUUUAAAAAUCAAAGGAGUCAGCUUUUACAUGACUCAGGUAAAAAACAGUGUAAACAUUAAUUUACUUUAUAUUCAAAAGAAAAUUACCUCCAACUGCUGUUGAGGGAGGAUAUAGAAAAGAAUAAUAACCAACGAAGAAAAACAAAUCUUAUACAAUCUUAGUAUGUUUAUCAAACUAGUAGUUAUAAAAUGAAUGAAUACACACAUUACUAAGAAAAGGAACAAGUGUAUUCAGAACUACUUGAUUUGGUUUUUUUAAAUGCAAUAAUUAUUAUGCUUAGUUUUGUAUUUUGCUCUCUUUGUGAAUUCUUCCUUCAUGUGAUUACUUAACACAGUAGUUAUAGCUAGCUAAUAGUAUGUCUUAAAAUUUUGUGCAAAAAAAUUUAUACCAGUUAUUUGAAAAUACAGUAUACUUUACAAUAUUGGAAAAAUGAAGUAUUUUUUAAUGUAUUACAGCAAUUAUGCCUUCUAAGCUUAACGUCAAAUGUGCAGUCUUAGAAUAGGACAUGAAAUUAAAUUGUAUGUGGCUUGGAAUGUAUCACUUCAAAAAAGUAAAUAUAUAUUUUGGUCAUAUUACCUUUAUAGCCAUGCUAAUAUCUAUGCUUUAUACAUAAUCAAACUUGCCUUGCUUUAGAAAAACACAUAUUUAAUCAGGAAUUCUAGCCAUUUCAUACAAUACCAACCAAAAAUAAGCGCAUGGACUGAGAUUGGUAAACCCAAAUUCAUUUACCACAGCUGUAAUUAAAUUUUUAAAAAAUUUUUUUCUCCUUUUUCUGAGGAGACCUAUUAAAAUUAAUUCCUGUCAUCUUAAUAGAAGAGAAUAAUGUUGAUAAGUGUUUCAGGUUUUCCAUUUCAAAUCUUAGAUUUUAUUUACUAUGAGUAUAAGGUAUAAAAUUUCACCUUUAAAUUGGAAGGGGGGAGUGUUUUAAGGUCAAUUUUAGGUUAAAAUUAGUGAAUUAUUUUCAUAAAGUUUUAUCCUGAAAUUUCUGGACCAUCCUUUCUGGAUAAAUUUAUUAUGCAAAGCAAGCUUUAUGAACAUUUUUAAAAUGUUGCUGCUGUUAUUUAAAAAGAAAAUUGCCAAGAUAGACUCUUAGGGGAAAAAUUAUUGGUUUUUCCAAAAAUCGCUAAAAUAGUUUUGCCAUAAAAUAAAUCUCAGGAUGCCACCACUCUGCCAUUAAAAUAUUUGUAUGCAUGCAUUUUUUUAAAGUUUUGUGCAUGUACUCUACGGAAUAAAUUCUAUUUCUGUUUUUAGAUAACUUAUAAUCAAUAAUUUUUUAGUGUUUAGAGUUAAAAGAAUUAUCACAAAUGUUGAAAAUAAUCAAUAUAUAGUUUGUAUGUGCUCAGUAGUUUAAAAUAAUUUUUGCAUUUGAUAGAAGAAUCCAAAUCCCUUCAGUGUGCCUUUGUCAGCUAAUAUAUGACCAGCAAUGAAAACCAUGGAAGUAUUUAUUAAUUAUACUAUAAGCAAAAUAGGACAGGGUUUGCAAUAGUCUUGAUACUGUGUUCUUGUAUACCCCUACACUAGAUAUACAGAGCAGAAAAGCAAGCAUUUGCAUAUUUCAUCCUCACUGUGAAGAUGCAUGGCCUGAACUUGACUGCUUGCAUUUACAUUUCAUACACAGCCAGGCACUUCCUGUUGUCAGAGGUCCCCCUGCUGUCUUUGCUCAGUCUUCUCUUAAAAUACGCAUUAAUAGUUUCUGGAAGUUCUACUUGCUAAGCCUCUAGUACUUUAGGGUAGUUUAUCUAGUAAUUUCUUCCUUGAUGGGGCUAUCAUUGGAGCCCUCACAUGUGGGAAAGAAGGAAGAAGUUGCAAAGUUUUAAGUGGAAUAGAAGACAAACUUUAUCUGGUUCAUAAUAUUUUUCAGGAGGCUUGCCCUGGCUGCAUGAAAACUCAGGUCAUAAGCAUCUCUGAGUUUUAAAGUCCUACAAGGCAAUUUGAAAUAAGUCAUUGUUCUUACCAAAUUUCUAAGUACUUUUAGCAAGCCUAAUAUAAUUGGGAAAAAUGGGUGCAAGUAAAACAUUCUUCGGAUCAUAUUCAAAGCCUUAACACUAUACGUGAAAUAAUAGGUCAUGUUGCCUCCUCCAUUUGCUAAAAUAGCCAUUUCUAAGUUCAGGAAAUUUUGAGGUAGGCUUAUAGCAUUCUUCUUGUGUUUCAUUUUAGAUUGUAAGCUCAAUGGCAGGGAUACUACAUCAAUAAUUAUGUUUUCAUAUAGCAACCAUUGCAGUAUACUCUUGGUGCUUAAUAAAUGUUCAUAAUUAUUAACAAUAA